AUGGCGAAGAGUACUAGAGUUUUUAACAUUGUUUUCUUUAUUUUAUUGAGUAUAGGAAUAUGUUCAGCUGCAAGAACCCUCAUCAAUCUUGAUGUUGGUAUUGGGGCCAAGCUGGCGACCAUUGGUGGUUAUGCCGGUGGAAGUGGUAGCGGUGAAGGUGGUGGCAGCGGAUAUGGUGCUGGUGGGACAGCGGGAGGUGGAUACAGCAGUGGAGGUGGCGGUGGAAGUGGUGGUGGUGGUGGCGGAGGAGGGGCUGCUGGUGGAGCACAUAGCGGUGCAUCCGGUGCAGGUGAAGGAGCAGGAAGUGGUGGUGGUGGAGGCGGCCACGGAGGUGGUGGUGGAGAUUGCUCAGCAGGGGGAGCUGGUGGAGCAUCAGGUGGCGGCUACGGAAGUGGUCUGUGCCGGUGGAGCUCAUAGAGGAGGAUACGGUGGCGGUGGUUCAGGCGGAGGAGGAGCCUAUGCCGGUGGUGAAGGGGGUGGACAUGCUGGUGGAUAUGGUGGUGGUGAAGGGGGUGGAUCCGGCCAUGGUGGUGGUGGCGGCUAUGCCCCUUGAAAUCUUAUUUAUUCUCUUCACAAUUUGCACACACUAAAGGAUUUCCUCUUCUUAAUUAUCUAUACUUAUUGAAAAUAACAUGAUCAAAUUGUUGCAAGAAGAGGUUACUUUCUAAAAGCAAAAUUUAAAUUUGCUCUUAAUAUAUGGGCAUUCUUGUUUCUCUUGAUUUGAUUAUCAGAAUGAUGUCUAUAGAAAGAUGUCUUGUGAUACUUGGUGCAUU